UCUGUUCACACUGUACAAGAUAGUGACAAUGACUGCUGAAAGGUGGUUUUACUCUCUAGCCCUGUGCUUCAUGUGUGUGUCCUCAUAUGAGGGGGACUUCUCUGAGCAUUGUAAGAUACAGACACUCAGCGCUUCACCUGGCUCCUCAGUGCUCCUCCCAUGCAACUUAAGUAAAAGUAACCUCAACUGGGUGUCAUGGGUCCAAACUCCUGAGGCGCACCUGGUCAACCUCUCUUCUAAAGGGCGUAUUAAGUUUCUGGACCCCAGGAAUGGCCGGGUGAAAGCUUUCCCCAAUCAGGGCUCUGAGGGGAACUACUCCAUCUACAUUGAUGAGUUUCAAAGCUCUGACCUGGGGUUUUACUGCUGUACGCAGGGACAAGACUGUCUUGUAGUGAAAUUGGUUGUUAAUACAGAAGAUGAGCUGAGCGAAGACAUGAAACUACUUAUUUACAUCUGUGUUGGCGUGGCUGCUUUGAUCCUGCUGAGUGCUUGCAGCUACUGCUGCAUUACAUACAUCUUGCCCUGUGAUGACAAAAAUCCAGACUAUGUGAACAAUCCUGUUGGUGCAGGUACUGAGGGUGUCAGUGCUCCAGCUGAGACAUCAGGCAGAGGACCAGUAGGUGAGCAGCAGCGAGGAGCGGAUGAUAACAAUCCUGUUUAUGAAAAUGAUGCCCAUGACCCAGCCUACGUACAGGCAGACCCCACCAGGAAUAACUGUGUCCUACCAGGAUUUGUGCAUUAUCUGGAAGGGGUUCAACCUACACAAAGCACCAGUGGGAUUUAUCCAAACGAGUGCAACUUUGAAAGGACAGAAAGCAAGAGAACAAAACAGGGUUUUCAUAGAGAACUCAUCAGCAGAUUACGGCAAGCAAGUCUCAGUCGACAUUAUUAUGUAAACCGGGUUGAACUCAACCGGCAGCAGCAGCAGCGGCAGCAGCAGCAGCAGCAGCAAGCCGCGUCGUCUCAGGCAGAGAGGCAGCACAGAGGUGUUAGGAAGAAAAAAAAUAAAGACAAUCAUGAAUACCAAAACCCAAUUUACAACAGCAGCACAGACCACCUCAACCAAAUGUAGAGAAUGAAGAACAGGGUUUAAACAUUUUCAGUAUCAACAUCCUUUCACAACUUUAGUUACUCAUUAUGCAUGUUUACAUUCAUUAGUUCAAACUAAACUCAUGUUUUGUUCUAUUUGUCUGAUGUACUGGCAUUUUAAUGCUUUUCACAGUCUGUACAUGUUCUUAUCAAACCAGCCAGUAUCAUUCUUACAGCUGUGUCUGACAAAUCAAAGUGGCAUCUGUCCAAAAGUUCAAUCAUGAAAUUCAAAGUUGUGGUAGAAAAUUAUGCUUAUGUGACAGCUCAGUGUGUUGAAUGUUAGAGAUGUUUUAUGCACGUGAAAAGCAGCACAGCUAAAGACCAUAUAAAUUGCUUCUCAGUUUGUCUCACAUAUUAAAGUCAUAGUACAAUAUUUGGCCUUAUUUUUGUAGGAUUUUUUUUUUUCACUUAUUUGCUUCCUUUCAAGAGUUACAUGAGAAGAUUGAUACCACUCUCUGUGAUAUGAUGUGUUUUAAUGUACUCUUUUUAAUAGCAGAUUUCUGCACAUGCAGAUUUUAUGCCUUUUGCAUGCAAAAUUAGACAAUAAAGUAUUUUUUAAUUCUAAUUCUAAAGCUAGCCUAGUGUUCCAUUUGUUGUUUCAUCUGUGCAACAAAAAAAGUGUGAAAAAAGACAGUUUUACAGCCACUGACUAUCUCUUG